CAUACCACGGCACGGGAUCGUGUCGCGAAGGCAGUCGGUGCCUGCUCGUCCGGCAACCUUCGAAACGUCGAAAAAUAAGUUAUAUAUAUGUGUAUAUACAUAUAAAUACGUAUAUAUAUAUUGUGGGUGCUUUAGUGAUAAAUUCAUCGGAUAUUUUAAACGUAACAAGAACGAUAUAUUACUUAUUUACACGCACGUAACCAGAAUCGUGUAGAGUGUUGUUACAAGAAUCCUCGUGGAUCCGACGGAGCUCAUCGAACGUGUAACGAUCGUUUAUAUCGAUUCUGUGUAUUAUCAAGAAGACGAUAUAUACGUAUAUGUACAGAAGAAGUCGAGGAUAAAUAAUAGGAGUAGGGAGAAGCGGCUGAUGCGCAGAGAAAAAUAGGAAGCUGAAACUGAGGUAGCGUACAAAAUGUGGAUAACGGGUACCAUUCGAAGAUCAGCCUAAUCUCAUUUCAAGAUGUACGCUGAGUGGCAAAAGGGUGAAUUGGUAUGGUUCGACCCCGGUGUCGGCCAUGUUUUACCAGGUGAAGUUUUGGAGUAUCAUAGAGCCGCCAAUGUCCUCUCAGUUCAAGCCGUAAUUGCUGGCAAGCCGCAGAUAUUCACCCUGACAAAUCUAAGCGGAGUGAGACCGAGGCAAGAUCUCGGACAAAAUGGCGUCGAAGAUAUGAUUCAGUUGUCUGACCUUAACGAGGCGUCGUUAUUAUGGAAUUUGAAGAUCCGUUAUGAUAAGGAACUAAUUUAUACAUACACGGGCAGCAUUCUCGUCGCUGUAAAUCCGUACAAAAUGUUCGACAUUUACGGUCUGGACCAGGUGAAACUUUAUGAAGGCCGGAUUCUUGGCACAUUGCCGCCGCAUCUCUUUGCUGUAGGAUCUUCGGCUUAUAGCCAGGUAACUGCAGCCAACAACGCUAGUGCCAAUCAAGUCGUCGUCAUUUCCGGGGAAUCCGGUUCAGGAAAAACGGAAUCGACGAAACUGGUGAUGCAGUAUUUAGCGGCCGUGAACCGUGCACCUAACAAUCUGGUCACGGAACAAAUUCUCGAGGCGACGCCGUUACUGGAAAGCUUUGGGAAUGCGAAAACACCGAGAAACGACAAUAGCAGUAGAUUUGGAAAAUAUUUAGAGGUUCAUUUUAGAGACGGUGUCAUAGUAGGCGGCAGGAUAACCCAAUAUCUUUUAGAGAAAAGUAGAAUAGUCACACAAGCCUCAGAGGAAAGAAAUUAUCACGUUUUCUAUGAGCUUUUAGCUGGGCUCGAUCAACAACUCAGGGAUAAAUAUGGAUUACUUACACCGGAUAAAUAUUUUUAUUUGAAUCAGGGUGGGAACUGUGAGAUCGAUGGCAAGGGCGAUACUCAAGAUUUCAAAGCUCUUCUCUCGGCGAUGCAAGUCUUAGGUUUCACGUCUGAGGAACAGGACACGAUUUUUAAGAUCCUAGCUAGUGUAUUACAUCUCGGUAAUGUUUAUUUCCAUCGUAAACAAAUGAGACAUGGUCAAGAAGGUGUUGAAGUUGGCUCGGAUGCCGAAAUACGUUGGGCUGCUCAUCUUCUUCAAAUCAGUACCGAUGGUAUCAUUAGAGCACUCACCACAAAAACUACUGAGGCAAGAAACGAGAAAGUUUUCACCGCUUUGAACAUCGAUCAAGCUCUCGACGCGAGAGACGCUUUUGCAAAAGCUUUGUACAGUUCACUUUUUUCAUGGCUCGUAGCACGCGUUAAUCAUAUAGUUUAUAAAGGAACGAAACAAACAGCUGCUAUUUCCAUCCUCGAUAUAUUCGGUUUCGAAAAUUUUGCUGAAAAUAGCUUCGAACAAUUAUGUAUUAAUUACGCGAACGAGAAUCUUCAAUUUUAUUUCAACAAACAUAUUUUCAAAUUGGAACAGCAAGAAUAUGCUAAGGAAAAGAUCGAUUGGACAACCAUUACAUAUACCGAUAAUCUGCCAGUGAUACAUCUUAUCGCUAAGAAACCAGUUGGUAUUCUUCAUUUAUUAGAUGACGAAAGUAAUUUUCCCAAAGCAACGGAUCUUUCCUUCUUAGAAAAGUGUCACUAUAAUCAUGCUUUGAGCGAAUUGUAUUCAAGACCAAGAAUGAAUUCCGCGGAAUAUGCGAUUAAACAUUAUGCUGGUCAAGUUUGGUAUAACGUUGAAGGAUUUUUAGAUAAAAACAGAGAUACCCUCAGAGCAGACGUUGUAGAAUUAUUGAUUAGCAGUAAAAUAUCGAUGGUUAGUAAAAUGUUUCAACAUGUAAGGACUACGCACGAGGCUAACAAAACUGUGAAUAAACCCAAUGGUCGAUUCGUCACAAUGAAACCAAGAACGCCUACCGUGUCAGCUAGAUUUCACGACAGUCUUCAACAACUUUUGGAUUCUAUGUCACAAUGCAAUCCAUGGUUCGUCAGGUGUAUUAAACCAAAUACAGAAAAAGCACCAAUGAAAUUCGACAUGCCUUGCGUUCUUGAACAAUUACGUUACACCGGCAUGUUAGAAACAAUUCGAAUCAGAAAGACAGGUUAUCCAGUUCGUCUGUUGUUCGGUCAUUUCGUUGAUAGAUACAGAUAUUUGGUAACCACGCAUUUACCCAGAGGAGCACCAAACAAGGAACUAUGUAGGAUAAUAUUAGACAAAGCAGCGCCAAAAGAAGCCCAAUCUCAAUACCAGCUUGGAUUAACUCGUGUUUUUCUACGAGAAUCCUUGGAAAGAACUUUGGAAUAUAACAGGGCUUUGAUCUUGGAAAGAGCAGCUAUUACCGUUCAAAGAUACACGCGUGGUUUCUUAGCUAGGAGAAGAUUUCUGAACGUUUCCAGGAGCGCAGUAAUAAUUCAAGCUGCUUAUCGUGGAUAUCGUGAGAGAAAGAUGUUCAGUGCUCUUAAAAAGGGCGUUUUAAUAGCGCAGAAACUCUACAGAGGUAAGAAGCAACGCGAAAAGUUCAAAGUCCUGAAGGAAGAAAUGGCUAAGAGAGCUGAAAUCGAGAGAGCAAGCAAGGAACGUGCUAAGGCUAAACAGCAAAGGGAGGAACAAGAGAGAGCAUCAAGAGCCGUAGCCGGUGUUAAUCAUCUCGAAAUUCCUGCCGAACUUGCGUUCAUUUACAGUAAGCUUGACGAUUGGCAACCGACUCAUACGGAAAGAAAUCUUUUGAAAGUAGUGGGUCAAGUGAUCUCCAUGCCGCACACGUAUGCCUUACCAUCUGAUAUCGAUCAACAUCAAUUUUCGAAGUACACCAAUAUUUACUUCAAGAGUCAUAUUUUUGGUAUGAAAAGAGAACCCAUAAAAACACCGUUUCUUACGAAGGCUAGAGAUCAAGAUUAUACGGACUCCUUGAUGAUCUUCAAAAUGAUACUUCGUUUCAUGAAUGAGAAUAAUUUAAGUGGAAAAAGGGAACAGGCUUUAGGCGAUUAUAUCGUUAAUAAAGGAAUCGUUAAUGAAAAGUUAAGGGAUGAAAUACUUUGUCAAUUAGCCAAUCAAACAUGGAAGAACGAAAAUGAUGCUAAUAAAGAAAGAGGAUGGCUUCUGUUAUCCAAUUGCUUGUCAGCAUUUCAACCCAGCGUUACUCUUUUCAAAUAUUUACUCAAGUAUGUGUCCGAUCAUGCUUACGAUGGUUAUAAAGCUUAUUGUCAACGUAAGCUUCUUCAAGGUGAAAGAACUGUAUUUCGAAUAAUGAGUAACAAUCAACAAAUCGUUCAACAUGUACCAAGAAAUUAUCCACCAUGUGUCUUGGAGUGGCGAGCAAACAGGAACCGAGUAAACAUGGCUCUCAACGUUGGAUUCUAUGAUGGUGAAACGACAACGUGCGCCGUUGAUUCUUGGACAACGUGCGAGGAAUUAGCUAAUCUCGCAGUACAAAAUCAUGGGGUUGACAAUACUGGUUGGACCAUUACGCUUUGGAAUCAAUUAGACGGUCCUGAUGCUAUCGUAACCGAAACUAACGGUUGCGAUUACGUUCUUGACUUAAUUUCAGAAAUGGAAUUGGCACCGGCAUUCCCAGCAGCUAAACACAUGUUCCUUGAACAACGAAAGAACAGUUAUCCUCCUAUUAAAAAAAGAGACCAUGCACAAGUAAUUAGAGAGUUGGAGCAAGAAAUAGAGACACCAGUUUUGAAAACCUUCCAACCACUUGAAAGGAAAUCCGUACCGAAAGUUGUGGAUAAGCCGGUUGAACCGGAAAUUCAGUCACCGAGACGUCCGGCAGUACCACCACCACAACCACCAGUUUCAAAACCGCCAGUAAGAAAGCAAUCUCACGAAGCGAUCUUAGAGACAACGACGGAGACCGGAUUAUCUAGAAAGUCCGCCCUAAACGAUCGUUACUUCGAGAAAGAAAAGCAACGAAGUCGAAGCUUAGACAACUUGCUUCAACCCGAAGUGGUGAUACCACCUAACAAACUCGCUGAUCUUGGUCUUUCUUCUUCGAAAUUAAAUGAGCGUUAUCACAGUCUCGAGAGAAUAGGCGAAACAUCUACGGUCACCAAUGCUGAAUACAUGACAAGGAAUGAAGUUGCCCAGGAAAGAAAAUACAGUAGAAUAACAAGGAUAACAGAACCAAAUAUCGUUGAGGAAGAAGAUCUUACAAUCGAUUUUGAGUAUCCUGAUAUACAAUCGGUCAGUCAAACUGGUCGAUCCGAAGAUGAUAAAAGCAGUUACAUUCGAUCGCAAACUAGAUUUAUUAAAUCUCAAUAUCCUGGCAAACGUGCUCUACCGGGUAGCCAAUCGAGUCGUGCUUACAUCGAGAAAAGCGAAUAUGGUGUGAAAUCGUCAGCAAUGUCCGACACUAGUGAAGCACCUUCAUUGGCGUCGCACGUAAGACGAGUUAGAGUACCUAGCCAAGCGUCGGACGUUGAUCAAUUUCUCGACGAAUUAUUUAUGCCAGUUUUGGAUGGAAAUCUUGACGAGCUUUCUGAUGCUAGAAGUCUCGCAGCAAGCAUCAAGGGUACGAGCAAUAAAAACUCGUUUGACGGAUUGAUGAUAGAAAAAAGUAUAAAAGAAAAUAAAAUUGCGAAAAGUGUUCAAGAUUUUAUCGGUAAUAUGAUUGGAAAUCUUGGAGAGAAAAGUCUGACGGCUAAUAUUUUGAGCAAAAAGAUAAAAGGUGAUGGUGGUGGUAAUAUGGAUAUUCCUAAUCAAAAUGCGGCCUUCAACUUUAGUCCAAUAACACCAGGCGUAAUGUCACCACCAAUGAUGAUGCCGAUGUUCAGUCCACCACAACAGAUCCCACCUGCUCAAAAUACAAAUUUAAACAUGAAUCCUGGAUUUAUGCCGAUCCCUAUUUACAGCAUGCAAGGACUUAGUCUUCCACAAUAUCCGAACUCACCACCAAAUCAGAACAACGAGAUGUUAGCUUAUCAACAGAAUCUCCAAAGGGCUUUCCUACAGAGCGCGAUGGCGCAAAAUAUUCAAAUACAGCAACAACUUUUAGCUCAAAAUCAGGCGCUUCAACAAUUACUAGUCCAAAGCCCACAGAAUUCCUCGCAACAACCGGGCAUGGUGUUACCUACGGGCCCUUCCAGCAUGAAUCUUGUCCUCCCAGCCCCCCAAAACAGUGCCCAAAUGGGGCCCAAUGAUUCUAUAGGACGCAAUUCAAAGGUUUCUUUUCGAGAGCCAGAAGAUGGUGAACUUUGGUCGACAGAAAAACGAGGAAGUCCGUCGCAAUCAAUACAAAAUAAUCAACGUCAGGAAACUAUGACGGUAAAAGCUCAGAUUCAUAGACCUCAAAGUCCAGAUAGAAAAAAUACUGAAGUUGCUAGAAAGAUUAGCAUGGAAUAUGGAGCACGUAAGAUCAGUAAUGAGAAGAAAUUAGUGGAUAGAAAAUCCUCAGCAUCAACCGAUGUCAAAAGAUCGAGCUCUAACAAGAGCAACGUACAAAACAAUUUCACGAAUGUUCUUAGUGAAUUGAAAAAUAGAAAAAGCAGCGUAGAUAGCAAUUUAUCAAAUUCAAGUAACAACAAAGGUGUCCCACCGCCUCCACCUAUGCCACCGCCUCUUGAAUCACAUGAUCCUUCCGAAUCUAGACCCUUCUUGGAUCCUUAUGGAAGAGCCAAAACAGUACGCAUAGGAAAAUGGAGAUGGCCUCCGCCAAGUGAUUCUAACGAAAAUCAAAGCCAAGAUAGUUUCAUAGAAUUUAAAAUGCGCCAGCAACAGCAACAAAGAAAAAUAACACCGCAUUAUCAGGAGUUUCAACAAAAUGACGUUGAACCGGCCGCCGAAGGUACCGUCGAAUGGGAGGAAUUUGAAAUUGAGAAUAUCGUCGGGAACGAGGAACGAACUAUGGUUGUUCAUCCAUCGAGUGGUGUUGUUAACAGACAUGAAAAUGGACAUAAAGAAGAAGGAGAAAAAAAGAAAAAGAAAUCCAAAUCCAGUUUAGAAAUAGGUGCACAAAGACCAUCACCAGGCAGUAUAGGAAAACUUAAAUUGAGUUCAGAGAUGAGACAAAGACUCGAAAAGGUAACGGCAAAUCACAGUGUCCGAUCUACAAAAACUACAGAAAAGCCUGCCUUACCACGAGAGGAUGGUAAAGUGAAGAGAUUAGAAGACAAUCGAAAACUUUUAUUGGAACAACAAUUAGGUGGUAGAUGGGAUGAUUACGCUUCCACAGCUGAUGAUACUCAAAGCGUAACAUCCAAAGGUACGACCGAUAUGAUGACACAAGCUCAAGUAGUUAGAACACAAAUUGAAAGAAUGGAAAGACCAAUACCACCACCUCCUCCAAUUACACCACCACAGCCACCUAGUCCACGAGGUGGAAGCGUGUACAGCAAUAGUCAAUCUGGAGUACCACAACCAAAGUCACCACCGGCACCGAUAGAACCUAAAACACGAGAGUCCUUCAGAACAUCUCCAGAUUCUGAUUCUUUCGAUCAUUUUCCAAAGAAUCAACGUGACAUGUUUAGCCAAAAUAGAGACAUUUUCACUUCUCAGCAACACUUAAGAGAAAAUCACGAAUAUAGAAAUGACUUUGAUAAAUCUCGAUCGUCGCAAGAUCAAAAAUCCAAGGACUUUUAUGGAAAGGACAGUACAGAUUUGGCUAGUACCAGGGAUCGAAUAUCAGAUUUCGACUCUCGUCGAGACUUGAACUCUGAUAUCUUUGAUCCAAAAUAUUCUAGAGAUGUUUUCGAAAGUACCAGCCCUAAAAGGGAUCCUUUCGGUAUGACCCGAGAUGUAUCACCAAAAUCUAGGGAUAGUUUUGGAAUGCCAUCACCAAGGGAUUUCGGAGUCGUUCCUAAUACAAGGGAAUCAUUUUCGGCAGCUCGACAAAGCUUCAAGAAAUUGGAUAGAGAAGUCGACAGAAGAUCUAGCGUUGCGUCGACUCAUCGUACUGAUAAAAUGGAAAGGAUCGAGAUCGAGGAAUGGCCAGAAUUUCUCAGACCAGUAUUACCUCCCCCUGACAAACCUGAAAUUGAAAAAGUUCAAGAAGUGGUAAACACAAAAUUAUAUCCUCAAACGUCAUCAGCCCAUUUCACUUACAAUAGAGUAAGUUGGACGUUAAGGGUAAAAAAAGAAGUUUUCGCACCCAAUGAAACCUUGAACAGUCCAUUGGCUCUUCAUUUAGUUUUUUGUCAAGUUGCUUAUGACGUCCUGGCUACGUCGAGUAUCAGAAUCACUAAGGAAGAUCGUCAAAAUAUGCUCAAAAUGCUCGACAAUUACGGUGUUACAUUGGACAAUCUUCAAAGUACUCAACACAAGAUCACUAUUAAGAAAAAUAUCGUUGAUAUGGCGAAACAGUGGCCCCUAUACUUCGCUCGAAUAUUUCCAGUUUCGAUCGGUCCGCAACAUCCGGAAACGCAACAUGUCGCAGUCUCGCAUCAUGGUCUCCGAUUAAUAAAACGAACAACAAAUGGCGACUUAAUUAUAUUAGAAACGUUACCACUCGAAGAUAUCGUCUCGAUAAGCUCACCCAGGGCAGGUGUGUGUGUGUUGCAAAUUUCCUCUGGCGUUAGACUUCCUCUACACACGAACAGAGCACCUCAAUUAGCUGAUAUGAUCGGAAAGUACAUUAGAUCGGUCGAUCAGAAACCUCAGCACAAGCCGAAUCAUCAUCAUGAAAAUCACGUUUCGCAAAUUACAAAAACUAUUCAAUUGCAAACGAAUCACGCGACAACGAAUCACGUCCAAUCUCACAAUCAAACCAAUCACAUUAUUUCCAAUCAUGAAAAUCACAUGCCGUUGAAUCGCGUGCCAAAUCAUGUGUCUGCGGUAAACCAUGCGAAUCAUCAGAAAAAUCAACAGAAUCAUCGAACAAGUCCUAAUCAAGAAUGGCGACAACCGGAAGACAAUGGAAGAUUGCAUGACGAGAGCAUUUAUGAGAGUGGUCCGGUUGUCAACGAUGGGAAACACUCGCUUUUGCAAUAUGCCAUGUUAAAUUUCAGGCAGAGCACGGAAAAGUUCGAGAUGUUAAAGACAGCCGAUGGUUCAAUAAGUGGUUCGUUAAAAGUGAUCGAGUCAUUGAAGAGCAAGAAAAAAGGUAAAAAAAACAAAGGACAACAAGACGGUGCCGAAUGGACAUGGAAGGAACAAGUGGAUCUCGUCAAAUAUUCCAGUGUACCGAUAGAGCAAAGUCUUUUGAGACUCGAUGCAGAUUUAAGUGCUUUGGCAGUGGAAUGUUUCCUAUGUUUGAUGAGAUAUAUGGGAGAUCAACCAUUACCUCCUGAUAUGAGCGAAGUCAACUGUGUUUAUACGAUUCUUAUGCACUGUCAUCAAUACGAGCUUCUACGUGACGAAGUUUACUGUCAGCUAAUGAAACAAACAACAAACAACAAGAGUCCCAAUCCGGACAGCUGUCAACGUGGAUGGCGUCUUUUCAGUAUCGUCGCUGCUUAUUUCACUUGCAGCGAAGGACUCAAACCAUAUUUAACGAAAUAUCUCGAGACUGCAGCGUAUGAUAAAAGACGAGCCUAUCAUGGUACUGCCACGGUUUGCCUUCAAAAUCUCAGGAAAACGGUCAAGUAUGGUGGACGAAAAAAUGUGCCUAGCGUCGAGGAAAUAAUGGCUAUAAGUGCUGGAAGAAAUGCAAAGAGACAGAUUUACAGAUUGCCCGGUGGAACCGAGAGAGUGAUUAACACAAAAUGUACUACGGUUGUGCAGGACGUCAUCGAAGAAAUGUGCAACAUCAUAUCCGUAAGAAAUCCUCACGAGAUGGACGAGUUUUCGUUAUAUUGCAUAGUCGAUGGCGAUGCAUUCACCAUGCUGUUGGCUAGAGACGAAUACAUUUUGGACGUGACUACCGAAUUACACAAGAAUCAUCAGGUGUUUUAUUUAAUAUUUUGCAGAUCUGUGUGGUAUUAUUCAUUAAGACUUGACGCACCAUUGUACAUAGAAGUUGUUUUCAACCAAAUUGCUCCGGAUUAUUUAGAAGGACUAUUGCUAGUCUUACCUGGAGAACAUUUACCUCAAGAAGUUAUUUACGAUAUGGCUCAAAUAGCAGCACUUUUACAUAGAGCAGCGGACAUGACACACGAACCUGCCACGAAGGAAAUUAAAUAUUUGUUGCCAAAACCAGCACUUAGUUUAAGAGAACCAAGACCUCAACAAUGGUCAAACAUGGUACAACAAGCUUGGAACAAUGUACAACAUAUAACGGCAGCUGCUUCAAAAGCCCAAGUACUAGAAAUAUUAUCGAAAUGGCCAUUAUUUGAGUCGAGUUUCUUUGCCGUAAAAAGAAUUCCAGAGGGUAAAGAAAAAGGUGGCGAUCAUAUUUUAGCCUUGAAUCGACAUGGUGUUCAUUUCAUAGACUUGGUCACUCACGAAACACUAUAUCAUUAUCCUUACUCCGAAGUAAUAUCAACGCGAAAGGUUAAAUCCGAGGAAGGAACCCUUUAUUUGGACAUGAAAUGUGGCAAUCUUAUGCAACAACGUAUAACCAGACUUCAGACGGAGCAAGCUCAUGAAAUUUCACGUCUGAUUAUGCAGUACAUUACUAUGGAACAAAGAACGACCAACUCGCAGCCCGGAGGAAUUGGGUUUGGAAUGAGAUAAACUUAUUAACAGUCCUCUCAAAUUGAUCUGUCAAUGUCUCGACAGCUUAAGAAGUUCGUUUUAAAAUGAUAAUGAACGAUCUUUUUCUUCUUCAUUUUCUUCUUCUUCUUCUUCUUCAUUUUCUUCUUCUUUUUCUUCUUCGAUCGUUCGAGUACGAAACGAAAAGAAUUAAAAGAUCCAAUUAUAUGAAUGUUUGCUAUAAGGACUGUGUAAAUACCAGUUUAGAAUCGUUUAAAGGAAGGAAAGAAGAAGCAAUUAAAGAGAACGACGAUUCUGUACAUCGAAGGGAUUCAUUCCUUGGGGUUAUUGGUUUUAGGCUUCAGUGCAGAAUAUUCGUCGAUGCUCUUGAUUUAUAAUAUUUAUAAUAUUUUUUUUUUUUUUAAUAUGUACGUAUAUUUCAAUUCUUUACUUUCUUUUCUCAAGUCAUGACAUUUUUUCUCUCUAUAACAUAGAUAAAGAAAAUAAAAUGAUUGCCAAUGAAGGUAUAGACAUUUACGAUCCGAUCUAAGUCGAUCUAUUAAUAAAAAUAGCUCUAUAUUUAUUUUAUCUUGAUCGUCAAUCGAAAAAAUUUCGAUUGGAAUUUUAACAAUCUAUUUUCUUUUUAAAUGUAUUCAUUAUAUAAAUAUACACGUUCAACGAUGAAAAAACUGGUGAACAUUUAUAUAUGAAAUAUUUUUCACGAGCACGAGUGUUUAUUUAUAUAAAUCGUAAGAAAUUUGAAGUAUCAGCAGUUCUUUUACAGAGAGAGAAAGAGAGAGAGAGAGAGAGAGAGAGAGAGAGAGAGAGA